CGUCGGUCGUACAGUGGGUACGCUGUGUCGCCUGGGUGGACAGUAUAGUUACUUCAACAUUAAAUGGACUAAAAUGCCGCGGAUCCGUGUAAAUAAAGACGUCGCUUCAGAGCAGUUAUUUAAUGCUUCUUAACUCGACGCGGGUCACCUCUGGAGCAGGUGGCGGAAGGCCUAUAGUCGGUGUUUAUCAGCAAUAUUUCAGGGAGAGGAGCGACGUCCUCCUUGCUGCAGGGAAGUUUGUCACUUUGGCGGCGGUCGAAGAAACGAUGAACUGAGCUCCUUUUCCACUUCUCCACAUCACACGUCUCUGCAGCGCCCGCUCUUCAUUCGCCUCCCGUUGGGGGAAAAAAAACAAAAACAAAACGAGCCGACCUCGUUGUCUCACCGCACCUGGUCAGAGAAAUGUGCGUGCGCACGUGUCCUCGGAUGCAUGACUGUGUCUGAGCGUGUUUGGACUGCACUUCCUCUCUCACCUUCCGAGAGGCGCUUCACCACUUGAUCGACUGCGACGUUUGUCUCCACAACUGCAAAGCAUCAUGGGUAGGAAAAAGAUUCAGAUCCAACGGAUCACCGACGAAAGGAACAAGCAGGUCACAUUUACGAAGCGAAAGUUCGGCUUGAUGAAGAAAGCAUACGAGCUGAGCGUGUUGUGCGACUGCGAGAUUGCCCUGAUCAUCUUCAACCAUGCAAACAAGCUGUUCCAGUACGCCAGCACCGACAUGGACAAGGUCCUGCUCAAAUACACCGAGUACAACGAGCCGCACGAGAGCCGGACCAACGCCGACAUCAUCGAGACUUUGAGAAAGAAAGGUUUCAACGGUUGUGACAGUCCUGAGCCGGACGGUGAAGACUCUAUUGACCAAAGUCCCCUUAAUGAUGACAAGUAUCGCAAGACCACAGAGGACCUGGACGUUCUCUUCAAACGCUACGGACAGUCGGCAGCUCCGCCCCAGACCUUCUCCAUGCCGGUCACCGUCCAGGCGUCCAAUCAAAGCACACUGCAGUUCAGUAAUCCCGGCAAUGCACUGGUAACUACCUCCUACGUGACUUCGUCGUCGCUCACCGAUACCCACCUCCUGUCGCCGCAGCAACCGGCUCUUCAGAGAAACACAGUGUCUCCCGGGUUGCCACAGCGACCAGCGAGUGCAGGCGCUCUUCUUGGUGGCGACCUUAAUAAUUCAAAUGGAGGAUGUCCAAGUCCAGUUCCUAAUGGAUACACCAGUGCCAGGGCCUCCCCAGGCCUUCUGACUGUUUCCAACGGCAACAGCCUGGGGAAAGUAGUCCCGGCAAAGUCUCCACCCCCACCUCCCAGCCCCCAGAUGGUCAACAGCCGCAAGCCAGACCUCCGAGUCAUCACCUCGCAUGGCGGAAAGAACCUCAUGCAGAUGACAGAGGAUGAGCUGGAGUUGGUAAACGAGAACGCGCAGCGGCUCGCCGCCGGGGCCCAGGUGGCGCAGACCCUCACCACGCCGGUGGUCUCUGUGGCCACGCCGAGCCUCCUGGCGCAGGGGCUGCCCUUCUCCGCCAUGCCCACAGCGUACAACACAGAGUACCAGCUGACCAGUGCAGACAUCACCGCUUUGCACGCUUUGGCAUCACCUGGCGGCUUGCUGCCCACCACCGUGUCCACGUGGCAGCAGCAGCAGCAGCAGACCGUCUCCCAGCAACCGCAGCAGCAGCAGCAGCCACCGCAACAGCAAACACAGCAACAACAACAGCAGCAGCAGCAGCAGCAACUUAACCUUGCGUCUCUCAGCAACCUGGUCAUGUGGGGCGUGGACAAACAGAGCAGCGAGCUGUCUAGCCAGGUGUCCAGUCUGGCUGCCAACCUGAGUGUUGGCUCUCCGUCCAACCUGCUCUUGGGUAGAGAUGAGUGGUUGGGCCGGCCGGUGACCCACAUACCUCAGGGCGCCAUGCUGACCGUCAACACCAACUCCAGCGUGAGCAUCAAGUCGGAGCCGGUGUCGCCCGGCCGGGAUCGCAGCACCCCGUGCCCGCCGCCCUCCUCCACGCCGUCCUCCACCCCGGGGGCCGCCGUCCUGACCGCCCCGCCGCAGUACCCCGGCUCGCUGCUGUGCCUGGAGCCGCCCACCGGCCGCUCGCCCGCCGACAGCGUGAGCAGCAACGCCAGCUCCUUCGAGGGCAGCGACCGCGACGACGCCGGCGCGGCCGGGGGCGGAGGGGGCGGCGGCGGCGGGGGAGGCGGCGGCGGCACCUCCGCCUCCACGGGAGCCGCCGCCCGGUCGGUGCCGCCCGACUUCAGCCCGUCGACGGAGCUGCUGAGGGCGUCGAACGAGCCGGAGCAGGAAGGCGGAAACAUCAAGCGCAUGAGAUUGGAUGCUUGGGUCACAUAGAGGGAGCGCUGCCGCCGCCGCCGCCGCCGCCGCCACCGCCAACUCCUCUCUGCACCCACAGUGAAGCUUUGGUGACUCCUAAACGUCCACAAAACACACACACACACACUCACACACUCUCACACUCAUUCAUAGCCCCGCCCCCACCGCCAUGUGACACUAUCACCUCCACAUUUAGACGUCUCAGCUGCAUCACUCAGACUUACGAGGCCAAAAACACACAAAAACAUACAAAAAAAAAAAGUAGAAAGAGGAGCGUGGUGGUCCCGAUGGACCCUCCAGUAGAGGGACGGUAGAUUUUUUUAAGCCUUCUUGCUUGAACGGACUCCCAUAUAGUCAUUGUUUUUUGCAGAGCGGAGGCGCUCCGCCGCACAGACAUGUAUCUCUCACACGGUUUCCUCCUCACCUUCCUGUAUUUACAUCCGCCCCCCCCAACCUCCACGCCGCCGCGGCUCGCUGAAUAACUGCGGGACUUCGGCCGCGCGGCUCGCCAACCCCACCCCCCACCCCCCCGAUCUCCGAGCGUCACAUAACCGGUGUGCUGUCCAUUUCUUCCAUGAGUCACUUCCUAACUGCACUAUUGGAAAGCAGCUGUUAUCCGGACGGGUUCGAGGACUGAAACCCCAGCUUUUUUGUUUUUUUUUUUCUAGACGAUGAAUCGGUGGAUCUUUCCGCUGCCUCGUUGCAAGCAGGCAGGCCCUCCCCCCCCUUCCUCCCCCCCCCCCCUCAGGUGGCACUCGAUGGCUGUGGAGUCGAGCACUUUGCCAGAGUGCCAAUAUAUCGCUUCAAAAAUGAAACACACACAACAAAAAAGGAAAAAAAAAAACAAAAACAAAAAAGCCAAAUGCCUCUGUCUUGCACGCGGUGCAGAGACGUGGACGUCGCUCGCAGAAACGCUGAGGACCUUUCUGGGCUUCGCGGCCGUUCUGUCGGCCGCCACGUUGCUCCUCCCCGUCUCCUCUGGAUCCCGGACGGAAAUCAGAAAUCCAGCCAGCCGCUCGGCUCGUUUGCCGGGAGUCGAUCCAUCUCAACACGUGUCGCGACAGGCGAGUUUCUUCAAGCCCCUUGGAGGCUUUUCUUUGAGUAGAGGAAAGUAUUUGGUCCUUUCAGUCCAAGUGUUCUUUAUCUGUUGGUAUUUUAAAGAAUAAAAAUCUGUUUUGAAGGUCCGUUAGUCGUCCAGAAGUAGGAAUUUGUAUGAAAAUCACUCCUUAUACAGAAGCUUUGAUGUCCUCUUUAGCUCUCUAUAGCUCUCCCUAGCUCUUUGCCGUGUUUCAAAAAGUGAAAGGAAAAAGACUUUUUCUAUAUUUCUACCGCUUCAGUUGGCGACAAAGUAAAAAUGGCUUUUCAGCUUCAACGCCGUGUAAUGUACAUAUGAAUAUAUUUGCAUAGACUUUGCUAGGUAUCCCUAAAAACAAGCAAUGUGUUGAUUCUCAGUGGAUCUGUUUGCAUAUAUGAGUGUGACUUUGAUAAUGUUUGGAGCUGCGGUGCAGGGGCGAGGCCACGGGCGGCAGCGCUGACGGAUCCCACUCCUUUCAGUACAACUAUUUUAUUCUAGUGUUUGAUGGUGUGUGCGUGCACUUUCUGUCCCUCACUCACCGAGGCCUGCCUGGUUGUGGUGUCGUCAUCUUCUUCUGCCACACACUUUUUUGAGAAAAAAAAAAAAAACUGAAAAACUAAACACAAAAAAAAACAAAAACAAACAAACCCACGAUCAAAGAAAGCUCGUACACCGUGACGUGAACUCAUUAUUAGGACACUGCCAUUCACUGAUAGUGUAAUUAUUGAGAGGAAAACUCACUUUUACAGUAGACGCAGGUUAACGCCUUCUUCCCCUCACUGUCGCUUCCCCGGCCUGUCGUGUUUGGUUUUCUUGAACAAAAUCUGUUUUUGUCUGAACCAUUUCAAGUUUGCGUGUGCGUGCGGGUUGUUUGUAGAGUAAAGAUAGAAGAGUUUCUCUGGAUUGUUUUGACCUUUUUUUGAUCCUUGAGGCGACGCUGAAAGCAAACAAGCCUCCGGUCUGGAGCGGCCGUUUGACGAGCCGGUGCUUGGCGUGGCAGCUCACCAAAACGCGGCGCUUUCCCGCCGGAUGACGGCGUCAUAGAUGUUCUCCAUCGAGUCAUGCCCCCCCCUUCCCCUUCCCCCCCUCCCUCAUCGGGCUGUGUGGCGAGCGGCCGUGGCUCCGGGUCACGGCAGGCCUGUUCAGUGAAGAGUUCAACAGUCAGCACUCAGUUCUCCAGCAAACUUUGGCUCGCUUUUAGUUUUCAGAGUGAUGAAAAGCAGGAUUUUGAUUUCAAACUUGUUAAAAAAAAAAAAAGUGUACAAAUAUUUACGUUUAUAACAUCAAAAAAUUUGAUUGUUACUCUUCAUAACCAAGGCAGGUUUGUUUGUAAAGCCCCAUCCGGACUCAAGUGAUUCACAAAGAAUCAUGAAAUCAUAUUAAAAUUAUAGGAGAAAAAACAGACAGGAAAACAAAAAGAGCAUUUAAAAGACUUGCUUGACAAAUUCAGUAGGAAAUAAAAUAUUUCUGCCUGAGGUGAGAAAGCGCUUCAAUGCAGCUCUUUAAAAAUUGAAAUGAGAUUAAUUUCAAAAAGCAAAUUUCAAAAUAAAGUCUUUAAUUUAUUUGAAAUUCUGUGCCAAUAAUGUUUGCCGUCCUGAUUUAAAAGACGUGAGUCUGUUCAGGGAGUUUAUUUCACAGGUGAGGAGCUGAGAGCUGCUGCUCCUCGUUUCCUCUGAUCAGUAACCGCUCCCUCAUUAACGCAGUCACGAGCUUCAGAGUGAAAAUGAGUUUGGAGGUGGUGCAGUGGUUCUCAACGUGUGGGGCAGGCGUCCACUGGGGGGCGCUGAAGAGCUUCUGGAGGGACACGGCAGCUGGAGGACUUCUUAACCUGUAAAUUUUAAGAAGGAUUACGCUGUAUUAUUAAAUAAAAUGCUGAAUAUUUAUAAUCAUAAAUUGAAAGAAUCAUGAGAAGAGCCUCUGAUUCCACCAACUAUUAAUUAUUAUGGUUCAUAAAUAAAAUACAAAGAAAUCCAGAAUUCAUCCAUCAAGUAGGGAGCGGUCAUCCAGACACCCCCAAAGUGUCCAGCCCCUCCCCUCGGAGACCCCCGGACUCGCUCCCCACACAGCCCUUCCCAUCUCUGCUCAUUGGUUUGGUUUCCAUGGCGACUCUCUUUGUGUUUGUGGGCGCUGACGUCGGACUGAAACGUGACACCGCACCGAGGGGCUUCCUGCCCCGCGUGUACAAAAUAAAAGUUCUCUGUAGUCACAAGACAAUCUAUACGAGAAACGAAAACCUGCACCCCUGUUACUCGUCGUGUACAAUGUUUUUUAGAAUCUCACUAUUUUUGGAUUAAUUUGUGCUGGUGACAGUUCCAUUGUCUUAUUAUUAUGAUGAUAUUAUUAUGGAGCUUUUAUUUCAUUGAUAUUUUGUGUAGGAUAGCCAACUGUUUUUAUUUUCUCUCUCUCUCUCUAUUCUUUUCCUUAUCAUAAACAUAUAGUACUGGUUUCCUUUUUUGAAACAACUUGCUGAAAAUUGCACGAUCAGUUAUUGUGGUAUUAGCAAAAAUGCAAUGAAGGAAAUACCAGUUAAAUGCUGCAGUUUUAAUUAAGAUAUAGAAUAUAUUUAUAAAAAAAAAAAAUGGGAAACAACUGAAAUUAGUAAUUCAUAAAGAAAAAAAAAUUUGAAAAGUGUAAAUGCAUGGGAUACAGGU